AGGCAUCUCAUGACCUCAGAGGGCACGAGUGGUGUCGCUGUGUCUGAGUUGUUCACCACCAGCGAGAAUGCCUUUGCUUUACUCGCAAACCCCUUGGUCUCUGCCCCAACUAAAGAAAGGGCUUCUGACGAAUUAGAGGCGACAAGGGAAAGAGUGACAGCCACGCCGAGGGAACCCCCCAUUCCUGCCGAGGAAGGAUGCCAAGCUAGCCUCGUUGAUAAUCCACCUAUUACUCAAACAACUAGCCCUGUUGACUUGGGUAUGGCCAGUCUUGAUGACAACCUCGCAUAUCUGAAAGACUUUGAGAGUCAUUUCCUGACGGAGGGUCCUGUCCCCACAAGCAACCCUUCUCCUUCCUCCAUCAAGGGUGCUCUGACGGCAGUGGGUGAAUUCCUUACCCUCUCCCCUGAAGAAGCAAUGAGGGCUUUAGACACAAAGUGGCCUCAAGAAGCCUUCGACCUCCUUACCAAGCUCGAGCUGCACCUCCCCAUCCCGGGGAUAGAUAUGGAGCAAAUGCUACUAAUGCAGAGUGCUUCCUCGGAGAUCAAGUCGUGGUUUGCUGCCAUUGAGAGUGCUCACGAGCUCCAGGACAAGUUGGCACGUGAAGAAGAGAAUAAAGCCACCACCCACUCAUCUCUUCAAGAGGAGUUG